CGUGCCAUUUCAGUCGCGCUCGCCUUGCAGAGCAGCUGGACUCGAGCUCAGCUCGUUGGCAUCUUUUGAGGAAUACUCGUCGCCGAAAGAGAGGAAUAAAUAUCUGGAAUUAAUUCGUGAGGCAGGGAACACGCUCAACUUGUUCAGGCUGGAAAGAGGCGACAACAAUUUGCAGAAGACGGACGCAGCCAGGAUGGCCUUGGUGGUGUUGGCAGCAUCCUUCCACGUCCUCCUGAGUCCUGCAUGGACGCAUCACUCCAUCUUGGCAGCACCGCACUCAGUCCUCCAGCUGCCGGUCGAGCCCAGCAAGUCCGACGCCUGCUGUCUGACGUCGCCGCCUCCUCCUCCUCUUCCGCCGCCGCCUCACAGCUGGAAGCAGGGCGACCCCGACGGCAGCAGCAGCACCUUCGCGCCGCCAGCAGUGUUUCGAGGACAAGAGCAGCAAAAUGAACAUCCUGUGAUACCAGGCUGCUCACCGGGGCCCCCGGGACCCCGAGGCCCCGAGGGUGACGCUGGAUUACCCGGUAUAAGAGGAGCCAAAGGCGAAAAGGGAGACAUUGGACGCCCGGGGUCAAAGGGUCGUACUGGAGCACCAGGCCUUCCAGGGAAACAAGGACUUCCAGGGUGGCCUGGGCCGGACGGACCCAAGGGUGAAAAAGGAGAGCUAGGACUCAUGGGAUUACCAGGACUGAAGGGACCACCAGGGAUGAAGGGCAUGCCUGGUUACAGAGGAGAGAAAGGGGACGCAGGAAGUCCAGGAACACCAGGAUUAAAAGGUGAUAAAGGUUCUAUUGGUCUGCCUGGGAUGCUGGGUCAGAAGGGAGAACAAGGACCAAAGGGGGAGCCAGGGGUCCCAGGCAGGCGGGGCCCCACAGGACGACCCGGGAAAAGAGGCAAACAGGGAGUCAGAGGACACACUGGAACCUCCGGACUCCUGGGCCCGCCAGGGUUGCCAGGUCCAAACGGGCCCCCGGGUCCACCUGGUCCACCCGCCGCUGGUGUCUACCUGGCAGGGGAAAAGGGCGAGAAGGGUCUCCCGGGCCCCCCUGCUGCUUGCGAGUGCGACACCUUGGUGGGAGCCAACAGUGCUCCUCUGGGGAGCGGCAGGGACGAGGAGAGCCUGGAGAAAGUCCCCGCAAUAUUUGUGGUGAGCAACAAGGAGGAACUGGAGCGCCUCCAUCUGGACCACGCAAUAGCAUUCAGGAAGGAUCAGAAGGUGCUCUUCUUCAGAGACAAAGAUGGAUGGAAGCCCAUACAGCCCUUCCAGCAGUUCCAGUCCACAGAGAAAGUUCCAGACGGCGUGGGAGCGUGCGGAGACGGGAAGGUGCAGGCCCAGCACGGGGAGGAGUGCGACGAUGGAAACCACCUUGUCUCCGAUUCCUGCCUGAACUGCAGAUGGGCGUACUGUGGGGAUGGUUACCGCCAUGAAGGCAUGGAGGAGUGUGACGGGAAAGACUUUGGCUAUCAGACAUGCAAAUCUUAUCUUCCAGGGUCCUUUGGUCAGCUGACCUGCACCGAGUCCUGCCUCAUCGACUCCACCGGCUGCAAGUUCUUCACCUGAGCUCGUUGUCUUCCGUGAAACUUGUCUUUUGCUCGCUCACCGGGGGACUCCUCCCCGCAAAAAAAGUGACUUGACGGACCGGUAGCAGGAAGACGAGUCUUCUCCAACCUGCUCUGUGCUGCCAGGCGAAGCGCAGGGUUCAGUUUUUGGAUCAUUAUUUGGCUGGCCUCAGGGAUCGGCUCCUUGCAGGGCAAAGGAUUGUGGGGAAACACUGUUCUCGCAGAUAUAGGCCGACUCCUUUUAUAACCACUGAGGGUACUGACACUGGAUGUUUGGAAUCUCCACAAAGCGUUUAUUCACAAAGUGUAAUGCGCAUGAGUGCAUGCAAGUGUGUGCAUUCAAUCAACUUUCAGAAGAAAUGUUUGCAACAAAAAAGUAGCAUGACAAAACACGACCACUGCACAUCAAUAAAGUUGCUCUCCAUUUCCUGCACGCAGCACAAUUGUCGGCGUCAAUACGAUACCAAUCAAAUACAGGUUAGCGAUACAGAUACCCAUUUUAUUUAACUUUUUUUUUUUUUUUUUUUUACCAUUUCCAGAUUUUGCCUUUAAUUUGUCCGACAUUUAUUAUAAUGUACACUUUGUAAAUAGCAUGGCAAUAUCAAUAAUGUAACAAUAUGAACAAUGCAGACAAAAACAGAAAUUUGUGAAACUUGACACAAAGUUACGGUGGCCAGCAAGCCCCAAAAGACAUGAAACGUCACUAAACAACACACAGUGCAGUGGAAACACGACAGUAGUACGAAGCAUCCUAACUUCCCCGACUUAUGCUAGCCUUAAUCUGCGGAAGCAUGGCCAACUUUCUUAUAAACGUCCUGAAGAAAGUAACUUUUUUUUUUAGAAAGAGUUACUUUUUUCCUUUUUUUUAACUCUUUGCAGUAAAUGUGUACAAGAUUCUAGAGCCACUGAUUUAUUUAGCUAUUGUCCACGUCAGGGGUCACCAACGCGGUGCCCGCGGGCACCAAGUAGCCCGUAAGGACCAGAUGAGUAGCCCGCUGGCCUGUUCUAAAAAUAGCUCAAAUAGCAGCACUUACCAGUGAGCUGCCUCUAUUUUUUAAAUUGUAUUUAUUUACUAGCAAGCUGGUCUUGCUUUGCCCGACAUUUUUAAUUCUAAGAGAGACAAAACUCAAAUAGAAUUUUAAAAUCCAAGAAUAUAUUUUAAAGACUUGGUCUUCACUUGUUUAAAUAAAUUCAUUAAUUUUUUUACUUUGCUUGUAACUUUCAGAAAGACAAUUUUA